GGUGUUCCGGCCACCAGACUCACAGACUGAAGACGAACUCACCGGUGAAGUGAUGUCGUUCUGCUCUUUCUUCGGCGGGGAGGUUUUUAAAGACCAUUUUAAAACAGGUGUUUAUGUUUGCACCAAGUGUGAUCACCAGCUGUUCUCCAGCCGCUCCAAGUAUGAGCACUCCUCCCCCUGGCCGGCCUUCACAGAGACCGUCCAGGAAGACAGUGUGUCCAAACACAAGGAGAGACCUGGAACGUACAAGGUGCUAUGUGGGAAGUGUGGAAAUGGACUGGGCCAUGAGUUUGUGAAUGACGGGCCAUCCAAAGGGUCGUCUCGCUUCUGAAUAUUCAGCAGCUCACUGAAGUUCGUCCCUAAAGAUAAGGUUGAUGGACAGUAAGGUGAGCUGGUGGGUGGAGGACGCGUUGCUGGACUUGCAGAAGUGUCUUUGAGCAGCUGAAGGUGCGGCCAGCGGAUGAAGAGUCCUGGAACAAAGCCCGGUCUGGGAGCUCCAGGUCUCUGAGGGAUGGAUGGCCUCAUUGGACAGCUAGAACAGAAGACGGGUCUCAGCAGCUUUUUUUGUAUUAUGCAAUGAACACAAACUCAGUAAAGCGGAUCACUUCCCUGAUGUCGCAGUCACCUUUAACAGUUUUAAUGCCGAUGUACAUUGAUUGUCUCUUGUGCAGUUUCUUUAAGCUAUACCUCACUGGGAGACUGAAAUCUAAGACGAGAUUAACCUUUUACAAAUGGACUCACAAUGUAUUUUUUAAAUUAUCUUGUCAACAAUAUGUUUUAGUUUGAUGUGCUGAGAAUGCUGUAGAAUAUCACGAAAUAUAAAUCACAUUUUCAUUCAAGUGAAAUAUUGUUGACGGUACAGCUAACAGUAUCUCUGGGUUCUGCCGUCACCCCUGAAAUGUGAAGGUUCAAACUAAGUAAUAUGCAAAAAGAACACAAAUACAUUUAUUUGAAUAAAAAAAAACACUAAAAUUCA